AUGGGAUCAGUUAGCGGGUGUGAUAUCGACUGCCCAGCGCUGCAUUGGUGCGUCGGUGCUGUCCUAUCGAGGAGCAGGACAACCUAUGACGAAGACAUUGAGAACGCACCGUUCUUUGGCAAGCGGAUGGUCGAGAUGUUGAACACGUUUGAUUCGACCCGGAGAAUCAUGGGAUCAGGGCAUUUACGUACAUACGAACACGUACUGUACAUCGAUCUAUAUAUAUCCAUUGGGGCAGUUCUUUUCUGCGCUUUCCAAGUCAUCGACAUCAACGUCAACGUCAGCAAAGACAGUUUCGACGGUGCCGCAACGACCGAGCCUACCAGCGAGAGCUAUGUCAACAUUGACUUCGGUCCUGAACGCUCUCACUUCUCAGGGUUUCAUCGCUUCUCUGUGAUUCGAGAUCAACCGGCUGCGGGAACAGACGGCAGUAUCCAAGACGUCGAUUUGCGCGCUGGAGGUGCUUCGAACCGCGUGAGAAUUGCCUUCUCAGCUUUGGUGUGCAAUCCAAGUCGAGACCAGCCGUCUGGGCCGAGGAUUCUCCCCGCGUUUCACGAGUAA